AGCUUCCCCAGCCUGUAUUGUUCUGCCCACAUUCCCACACCGUCUGUGUCGCUAUCUUCCCCAUCCCUCGAUAGCUACCCGCGGGGGGUUUGCGGUUAUGGCCACCGACGUGUCCCGUCAUCCUGCCACCGGAUCUAAUGCAUGUGAGUGCCUAUUUUCAUCUCUGCUUCCAUCGCUUUUUUUUUUUUCAAGGGUUCUCGGAGCUAAUCCCUUCUCGCCUUUUGUAGCCUCUGGGAAUUCCAAGGAACAUCAGCAGCACAAAGGCCGGAAGCCCUUCAGCGCGCUGAUGAAGCGGCUUGCAAACCUCAAAGGCUCCAACUCGAACCACAAUUCGAAUAACAAUACUCCCCCCACAAGCCGGAUCGGUGGUGGCCAGCGCUCGGCUUCUUGUCAGUCGGUUCCCCCAAAUUAUCCCUAUUCGUCGAAACCACCCAAGGAUACACUCCCGCCGCCCUCCAGCUCCUCGUCGGCCGUUGAAUCGUCGCAUCUGUCAUUCGCUGUAGCUCAAGGAUCCCAGGAGUCUAGUCACUCUGUUUCAAGUACAAAUUCCAAUCACCCAUCUACUCAUCAUUCACUUACCCAUCCCCCAUCGGACAAGUCCCAUCCCGCUCCGUCAAACACUACAGCAACGACAUCAGCCUUUUCUUCCCCGACUCCCUCUGUGCGCUCACUGACCACUACGUUAACAACCAUACAAUCCACCGCGCCAGGUUCCCUUUUACACACAAACUACAAUCCCCAUCCAAAUCACCACCAUAAUCCCCACGGCCCCCCUGUGCUUUUCCAGCACCAAUUUCCGUCUACCCCGAAUGCCAAUGGGCCACCAACGAGCCCCAAUCCAAUCGCUCACCUGAAUGGUAACUCGCUGCAUCCUCUAAAUUAUAACACGGCUACGGCGAAUAAUCUCCUGACGGACAACGCUUCAAUUAUUACACUUGCGUCCUCAUCUAAGCGCCGGCGUCGUCAUUCAUUGGAUACUGAUGCAUCUGUUCGCGCUCUCGCGCCGUCUUCUCUGUGGGGCGGUUCAAGGGAAUCGCUCCCGCUUUCCGUUCUGAGUGGUAACUUUGACGUCGGCCGGUCGGUUGCAGGCGAACGCGGUAGUUUGUAUGGGAGCACUUCAUUUGCGUCGAGGGGAGGCGAUGCGGGCAGUGUGCGAGACUACAGUUCUGGAAGCAUUAUGGGCGAGAUUUCUGGAACCCCUGGUAAUACUGGCACCACAGUAGCUGCUGCAGGGAGUCCUUUGGGAAAUAGGGAGAGUCUCCAGCUAGGUCGUACUAGUAGACGGAGCAGUGGAUGGGGUGCUGAAACUAUCAACCCUAGCGACGACUGCGAUGACGAUGACAGGAGAAGUCUAAGUGCCUGGAGUGCGGGCUUAAAGGUUGAUAAUGAAACCGACGCUAUCAGUAUGAAGGACGGGAGUGGCAAUGCGGGUGUCUGGCAUGGCGUGCCCGGGAAGGUUGAGGGCAGGGAUGAGAGCGGCGUCGAGAACGAAGGGGAUAAGGGAACCAAGGAGGAUAAGCAGUAAAAAAACAGAACAGAACCCCCUGAGCAUACGGCUUUCCAUUUGGUUACUGAAUUUUACAACCUUCCUUUUCUCAUCCCACAAACCUUAUAAUUGAAUUCUCCUCGUGGGAUGUAUGGCUUGUUUAGAGACAGGUUUAUAAUUUGGGAUUCCUCAACAUUUUUCUUCCCCCCCUCCGUUAAGGAUUCCAACUACUAGGUAACCUUUAACGGGUAGGCUCUGUGGUUUCUCUUCUUCCUUUCUUCACUUUUUUCGCCUUUUCAAAUUUUUUUUUGCCCGGUGCCUUUGCUUUUUCCUAUUUCUCCCUCCCUUAUUAUGCUGCUUCUUCUUGUUCUUAUCACCGCAAUACAAUACCCUGGUGCGGGCUCUCCUGCACCAGCUUAGCUCUUAGUAUGUCGUGAUCAUGCCUUCCGCGCUUUAAACGGAGAAAAUGGAAAUUUGGAGUUGAUUUUUUUUAAUUUUUUUGUCUUCUUUCCCUCUAAUAUUAUGGUAUUCGGCCAACCACCGUCAUCUGAGGAAGGUCUCUUGCGGUGCUCGGCAUCGGGGCGUGAAAAUGGUUGGCGAAUAGGGGAGCACCGGCGUGGAAUGGUAUCAUAUGAGAGUGUAUUGUUAAAAAUAGCCACAAUAACGUCUGCCAAGGUGAUUCGGAAUGCCAUGCCAUGCCGUGUGGGCGGAGCCGGGUUUAGCGAGAAACCGCCAAUCCGGAUAAUGGGAAUACCGAUACUGUCGUUCGAGUGAGAUACCGUGAUAAGGGUCUGAUCUAUCCCGGCAGGAUUAGGAUGGCCACUUUUGCAGAUCUAGUGACGGCGUCCAAACACUGUGUUUCUACUCGUACUAUAUAGCAUACAAGUGUAAGUACCGGUAGGGCCAACAGCACCUGCCCAGAGCUCUACAACAAAGGCAAAGACAAUUGGUGCUUUAAUAUUUAAGAGUUGUGCUCGUAAUUGGUGAGGCGCCCCUGGUUCCCUUAACAUGA